AGAAAAUGGAGAAGCUAGAGAUUGUCAUCGCGGUCCUGCUACUGUGCCUGGUGGCGCUUGGCGUGUACGUGACUACCUACUGGACACUGUCACGAAAGAAGAGGCGCGACGCAGAGGACGACCCCAGGAAGACGGAGGUACAGUACAGAUACCUGGAGGAAAAAGCAGAAAAUGAGCGCAAGAAAGUCGCCACCGCUUAUGCUCAAGAAACUAUGCCUAGAAUAACUAUCACUCCGGUACAGCCACGCCCUAACUUCCCAAGGGUACGUCCUAUUUUACUUUCUAAUAGAGACCUUUACAUUCAUUCGAGAACGAUUACACUGAUUACUCGUACAACAUUUGAGCUGGAGUUUUUUCCGCUUAUUCUUAAAAAAAAUACCCCGGACAGCUUCAUCUUGCUUUUUUCAUCAGAAAAGUUUGCAAGGUUAUUUUUAUGGAAGGGGGUUAACCCCCCUCUGAUCUCAAAAUGAUAAAACUUUUAACAUUUGAUAACCUGUUUCCGCGACAACGAUAUUCUCGCUAAAAGUUACCCUAAAUCUGUCGUAGAAUAACGAACGCUUUUACGUUUUCCCGCCAAGAUCGGACGCUGGUUCACGCGCUACUUAGGAUUGAGAAAAUCUCGUACUCGUAGUCGUCCUCGUCUUAGAAUCUUGAGGUCUCAAAUGUUUCGCCUCUAAGGUCGUUCCAGCCAAUUCACUUACGUCCUUGUUAAUUUUAACUCUAAAUUCGUCUACUGACCUCCCUGAAUAUUCCUAUUGAAAGUUUCUGCGGCUACAGACCAUUGGAUAUAUGUUCAAGUCCCGGCUGCAGUUGUAAGAAUGGGCAAUAAUCAAUCACAUUCCAUCCCUAAAAGAGCGAUUUUUUUUUGUUUGGCAGUGGAUUCUUACCUCGCGAUACUCUCAUUCGUUAUCCUUGUCCUGUUGACACUUUACGGAGGCAUCGUCUUUGAGCUCGGUGUCGUUUAAUUCUUCCACUUUCAUUCCGGCUUAUAACCACUUGCAUUAAGAAUUUCAUCUUCUCACCAUCCACUCUAUUUGCUUACCUUAGAAUACCCUUUUGACUGGUUAAUUGUGAUUUAUUGCGUUUCAGAGUCUUCUGUCUUCAGAUGAAAUGCUCUCGACUGACGAGGAAUAUGAUGGAGAAGAGUCAUCCGAUGAUCAUCCUGAUUUAGGGAGACUUUACUUCGCCCUUAGAUAUGAUCAACAUCGGUGAGAUAUUCACUGUCUCUAGCAUGACCUGUAAAUGUUUUCUGGUGAGGCGCGAGUACUAAAAUUCGGUCGAGUGAUGAUGGGGAUGGAUGAAUCAGAGCAAGGAGACACGGAGGGGCGUAUUUCUAACCCUCCUCACCUCUCCUCCCCGUCUUUCCGCUUUUCCAAUCAUGGCCUGAAAAUUUUGCUGUUUUUCAUCGUUUCCACUUGUAAGAGAUUUUUCUGAGAGGCAUGUGCUGUAAAAUUUCGCCAGCUACUCUAGAAUCGUCUCCGUCCGCGUGUUCUAUUCUCCGCAAUCAUUCUCUGCCUUAACAAACAAAGAUAGCGACGACAUACAGGGAAUCCUACAUAGGAGCUCGCGCUUGAAAAACACAACUGACUGCAUUGUAGGAUAAAGCAUUGCUCCUUAUUUUCACAUACAAUGAAAGUCUCAGGCUGUUCAUAAGAAACCAUCAUAAGGUGACAUUAAUUAGAAACUGAUCGUAGAAUUUAAUCGAGAAAGUUGCGUUAUUCAAGCUUUAUUUUUUUCAAACACAUUGUGCCUCAAAGAAUUUCAGACAUAGGGAAAAUAAUUGGCAAUAGGUGCACAUUUAUAUCCUGGUAUCAUGCUACACUCAAUGAAAAUACAGUAUCCUUAUAAAUCGUAACAUGUUCACAGUUUAUUUCUUUGUUCAUAGAAGAGGGAUACUUAAUUUUAUCCGGAGAGCUAUAACUCAGUUUUAUUCGCUUAAAAAGGAGAUAUAUUUCUUGUCAACUCGUUUACUUUUUCUUUGUAGAUCUAUUUUGACUGUGCGUCUGAUUAGAGCUGAAGACAUACCAGUGGAAGGCGAAUCCAUCUCUACAUAUGUUGAUGUUCAUCUGCUGCCACUGAACCUUCAGAGUCACACCUUUCAACCUUACGACACAACUAUCAAUGUCAGCUUCAGGUAUUUUAUGCAUAGACUACUGCGAAGAUUCUCUCUCUUUUUCUUCUUCUUCAGAGAUAGUGGGUUAGCACGCCUAACACUUGAAAACCGCAGGCCAGGGUGACAUUCCCUGCUAGGUUUACGAUUUGUUUUAAAGUUAUUUUUAAACAAAAUAACAAUAAUCAGCUUGUUAGUUAAGAUCUUUUAACGUUUAUUUUAAUGUGUAUUCUUUUUAAACUGCUAGAAAUACAAUUAUCGUAAACCCUUAUACAGAAAACCUUGGAAGCAAUUGACCGUUUUGGUUUUCUCUGUUUCUAGGGAAGUUUACGAGUUUCCGCUGUCCCAGUCAGAGAUGGCACUGCAGACACUCAAUCUUCACAUCUGCCGCUAUGACAGCUAUUCACGCCGAACUUCCAUCGGUGACGUGUUUCUUGCUCUGGCUGAGCUAAGCGCACAAGGCAUUGAUUUCACCAGAGAAGUUUUUCUUUGUCGAAACAUUAUCAGUCAUCAAGAGGUAGGAUCGAAAUUUAUGAUAUUUUUUCCCCAUUAUGGAAAGAUGGAAAUUUCUCGCGUAUUAUUGACAGCUUUUCAAUCUUUGUUUUCUUUUCCUUUGUCGUGCAAAAGGUAAAACGACCUGAGAAUAUCCCAUAGAAAAAAACUCAAAGCUAUUGUUGACCUAUUUCUUUUUUUCCCCCUGCGUAAGGUAAACUUUCCCCCAAUCAUCUUUGUUAUGUAUAUGCGAAGCUAAGGGUUUACGGCUUAGUUUUAUAAUUAGCGAAGCUCCUCGCGCACGCGAAGCGCGAGCAGGCGUAGCCCUAAAUGUGGUAAAAAAAUCCCAUCCGAGAAAUUUUGGUAAUCACAUGACCGAACGCCCGUCCGCUGUCCGUCUGCACCACGGGCAUACCAAUGUAAAAUAACUCAAUCAACAGGUAUGGCAACCCAAAUGCAACUCGAUAUUAUUUUGGUGGGAAAUCGCAUAACCACCCGCGUCUGGUGAAGCAGAGACAACUAAAGAGUCAAUAAAGACAAAAACGGAAAGCGGAAAUUGUUUCUGUAUCGGUGUUGUCUAAAGUGUUAAGCUUAGAUUAAUUGUCAUGUCCAUAAAUUUGGAAUAUAAAGAAAGAGAAAGACAGCGAAAAAAGAGAAAAUACUCGACAGGCCACCGAAGCUCAACUGGAAAAAUAGCGACGUAGAUGAAGAGCGAGAUAUAAGGAGCCAUUCUUUGUUGGAAGAACAACAUGAAUUUGUAGCGGCGGUGAGAAAAUGAGAAAUGCUAGCGGCCACCUAGGAAAAAAUGAGCGGCGGUGAAAACAGUGAACAAAAACAUCUACGACAUUUUCUCCAUAAAACGUGUAACCAGCACGUUUCUGGAAGUUUCACGUUGUAGUCGUGCAAAAAACGGCAAAGAAAUGUACAAAAAAAGUGUGUUGUAGCCAUUCGAAACAAUGUCGCAAAAAUGUUGCGACUUUGUGUUGCGCUAAAAAUCUUCGUUGCGAAUCGUCUGGUGUAACAUUACCUUUAGAAUUACACGAUUUUAUAUUUAGUUUGAGCAAGCUAUAAAUAUUAUCGAGAGCUCCGCUUUUAGCCCUGGCUAAAUCCUAGUAAAAUCCAACUAGUGGUCUAUUAUAAAUGCUGUGUUCUGAUUGGUUGAACUACUACUAGGCUACAUGUUAUAGCUCACUAGCAGCGAAAAGCUUGGGCUUUUUGGCGGCAAAAAAGGAUUUAAGUCUAGCUUCAACUAGCUAAAAAUUUUUUAUUCUCGAUAUAUUUGACCAGCUAGUUGGAUUUUACUAAAACAAUUGUUCCUCUCGUCCUCAUGGCCUCUGAGUCAAUAGCCCAUUCGGGCUCGAGGAAUAAUUGUUAAAUGUUACCCUAGGUUCAAUUCGUUCCUUCUUAAAAACUCGAAAAAGCAUUUUUAGCAAUAAUUAAAACAGACAAGCAAACUGAUUUAAAACAUGUGUACCAGUAAAUAAUGCAGCUGAGAAUUUUCCAAAAUUGACGUUUUGUAUUUCUUGCUCAUACAUGCAGAUAUAUCAAACGUUGGGCAGACGAAAGCAUCUGGAGACUGGUGACGAGGAUGGAAAAGACGAUAGUGAAAUUGAACAUAUCACAAAACAUAGAGAAAGAAAGGUUAGUAAGGCGAGAUUUUGUUUCUCAUAGCUUUGCCAAGUAGUAAUAAUGGUUAGUAUCAAUAUCUAAGAAGAAAAUAAAAUACUCAGUAAGACCCAAACGAGCUAAACGAGAAGUCAAAUCAACAUCUCGUAAUGUUUAGAUUUCGGUGCUACUCGUUCCCUUUAGCGUUUCCAUCCAUUGCUUUUAUUGUCAACGUUAUAGAGUAUUCUAAUAAAAAAAAUUGGAGAAAACUAGAGAAUAUGAAUAAAAUGAACUAAAGCUGGUGACAUUAGAAAUUUGAAUGGACCCUCGCUAAGUGGUCUAGUUACAUGGAACAAAAACAACACCCUGGAAAGCGAUGCGGUUUUUCUUACCUUCUCUCCAAAUUUCCAUUGCUGUGCUCGUUCUUUCGUUUACGUUGUCUUAAAGUUUCAGACUUUCCAGUCUUGUAGCUUUUGACUGUAUGCCCAGUCUUCAUCAGCAAUAAACGCUCAGUGAUGUCAAGUGACUUAAUCAAAAAAAUCGCGGGAAGUUCAUAACCCACAUCUCUAUUUUUAGGGUUGGACGCUGGCGUCUUAUAUGGAUGGCCUCCUUGAUUUUUUCUUUAAUGUCCACCGUCUCUGGUCAAGGAUCUUGACACCUUCCCAUUCUAUCUCUUGAUUGGCUUUCGAUUGACCAUAAAUACCAUUUUACUCUAAUCCUCCUCUUUUGCAGGUGACGGGGAGAAAAGUCAGUUCUCAGAGAAUGUGGGAUGUGCUUCGCAGAGCCGUUCAAUCUGGGUCAUACAAGAAAGCAUAUCUAGCCAGUGACUCCGGUUCAGCUUUAUACUGGGAAUCUAUUUUCUCCCCGGGGGCAUCCAGUACCGAAGGGUAUAGAUAUGCGUCGGCGCCCAGUAGUCCUAUUAAGUCCCCCGAGUUUUCAUUCUCGGGUCCGGGCCCUCCUGAUGAAUCUGGCGAGUACACUGACGAGGAACGAGGUGCAACAUGGAAAGGAGGACAAAAAGUCGCCUUCGAUUUUCCGCCUAGUUUGACAGAAGAGUCUGAUUUUGAAUCGUCCAUAUAUGAAGAGGAGACUGAGUCAAGACGCAGAGAAUCUACCCAGUCUCCGCCGAUUGAAUCCGUUCAGUUGUCCCCAGCUCCCGAGGAGUACUAUAGAAUAGUGCCUAUUACACCUUUUACCUCUUAUAAAAAGAAGCGGGAAGUUACCGAGGCUUCCUUUUCCUGGAAAUUACCGCAUACAUUCACGUCACGUGAACGUGACGUAGUAGAAACUCUUUCCCAGGCCUAUAAGCAGCCUCGGGUUGUAUCUAUUGCUAGACCUCGAUAUGAGCCUGGGAGCGAAGAAGGCCCCCCGCCAGCAAAACAACGUUUGUUCGAUCGAACGGUAAGUAAAAAGGGAAAGGACACAAAGGAACAAAGACUAUCACGGACAAAGGCUUCAAAACAGAGAAAAACGGAACGGAAAAGUAAGAAAGGUGUAUUUAAAAAGUCAACAAAAUUAUCUCCCAGAAUGGAACCUGAUGGCGAGCCCGCGGAAAAAUUGAUCGGCUCAACGAGAGGAAAAGGCAAACGUUCUGCUCUAAAGUUUCGGGGAAAAUCGUCGCCAAAAGCUCCAAAACUAGCUUCUCGGCGAAACGAUUCGGGACUUGUCGAGGGUUUGUCGACCGAGCCAAUUGCUUCGGAAUUACCCGAAGAAGAAUUGAUCGUGGAGCCUUCUUCGAGACUACCAAGGGAUGUUCGUACGAGAUUGAAUUUUCCGUCUGUCUCGACUUCAGAGUACCUGACUCCACCAAUGUCUUCUUUACAAGACUUUUAUUCAAUAAACCGAUCGCAGUCGGAUCCGAGUGUGGACGUCGAACACUUCCGAAACUUGGGGGAAUUAUCUUCGGAAUUUCGACGUACUCGCUCGAUGUCAGCAUUAGAGGACGAAGAAAUAACAGACGAAGAUGACUAAUAACAGACGAGAGUCUUUUCUCGCACAAAAAUGCAAAUCAAAUCAAACAUAAAGUAUUUUAUUCGAAAGAGUUUCAUAGUUUACAAGGCUAUCUAACAUGUCAG